CAAACGCGAUUUCGCCAUGCUUCGACGCAGCUUGGCGCGCCUCCCGCUCCGGCGGCUCGUCCAUCAUGCUGCGACAACGACGCCCAAGAAGACGGUUGUCGUGGGCAUGUCGGGCGGCGUCGACUCGUCCGUGACCGCGUACCUCCUGCACCAAGACAAAUCGCUGCAUGUGGUCGGCCUGUACAUGAACAACUGGGACAGCUCGGACGAGGAGGGCAAGGCCACGUGCCCCGCCGAUAUGGACUACGAGCUCGUGCGCCAAGUGUGCGACGAGAUCGGCAUCGAGUGCGCGCGCGUCGACUUUGUCCAAGAGUACUGGAACAACGUGUUUGAGCCGUGCUUGGACCAGUACGCCAAGGGCUUGACGCCCAACCCUGACGUGCUCUGCAACCGGGAAAUCAAGUUUGACGUCUUUGCCAAGCACGCACUCGCCCUCGGCGCCGACUACAUUGCGACGGGGCACUACGCGCAGCUCAAGCGACUGCCCGACGGCACCAACGCGCUCUACGCGGCCGUCGACGGCAACAAGGACCAGAGCUACUUUCUCUCACACGUCACGGGCGCCCAGUUCCAGCGCGUCAUGUUCCCGCUCGGUGGUCUCUGCAAGCCGCGCGUCCGAGAGAUCGCCGCCGAAGCGAACCUCUGCACGGCCGCCAAGAAGGACAGCGUGGGCAUUUGCUUUAUCGGGAAGCGCUCGUUUGGCUCAUUCCUCUCGCAGUAUGUACCGCCUCGCACAGGCUCGUUCGUCUCGGUUGUCGACGAGCAGCAAAUGCACGCCCAUGACGGCUACAGCGCGUAUACGAUCGGACAAGGCGCCAAAGUCUCGGGGCUUCCCGCAAAAUGGUUUGUCGUGGGCAAGCGCGACGAAGAUGCCGCAGUCUUCAUCGCCCCCGGGACGCACCACCCGGCGCUCUUCUCGGACGAGGUGUUUGUCCGCGCGUCUGCCUUCAACUGGAUCCAAGGCCACGCCCCGGCGGCGUUGACCAAUGAUGGCAGUCUGCGCUGCCAGUACCGAGCUCGGUAUCGCCAACCAUUGGCGCACUGCACCAUUUCGAUGGCGUCCAUGGACGAUGUCACGUCUGGUCUGAGCGUCUACCAGCCGACGGCGAUCGCGCCGGCCGAUGAACCGUAUUUGCGCGUGCAGUUUGACGUGCCGCAGCGGGGUGUCGCGCCCGCGCAGUCGCUCGUUUUGUACGAAGACGACGGUCUUUGCUACGGCGGUGGUCCCAUUCUCGGCGCAGGACCUUCGUACUGGGAGCAGCAAAAGCCGCUGCCGUCGCCCCUCUUUGACUGGAGCAUGUAAGACAAAUGCAAUUCCUUUUCUUCGAGACAAG